GGGUCCUUGCCGCGGCCGCGUUUUUGGGGUUGGCCCUCGCGGCGACCCGUACCUUCCCGCCGCUCCUCUCGCUCCGUGCUCUCCCCCCGGCCCGGGGAAAUGGAGGAACCCCCCGAUGGCUUCGGCUCCCAACGGUCGCUCCCCGGCGCUGGGUCCAGAGCGGCCCGAGGAGGGGAUGCUCUGUGUGCCGGAACGUUUCUCAGAGGCAAUCCUCCCGUUGCAGCUGCUGACAGCACUGAAAACCUGUGUGCUUCGUGGUGUCCAUCGCCCAGCUGGCAACGAUUCCCUGGUGUUUGGUGCAUUAAGUCACACCCAGCUGUGUGGGAUGGCAGAGUCAGGUGGGCCCUUUAUUGAACAGAUUUAUCUGCUACAAGGCUACGCAGAAGGAUGGAAAGGAGGAACACAGGGGGAAAAAAAAAUAGAUGAAAGGCCAUGCAUUGAUCACCUGAUGUACUCCAGAGACAAACAUGGCUAUUACAGGGGCUGGUUCUGGGGUAACAAGGAAACACAAGGCCUAAACACCUCUGGCUUGUCUGUCCAAGGAUCUGCCUCAAUUGUGGCUCCCAUCCUUCUGAAGAACUCUUCAGCACAGUUCAGAAAAGUCACCUGUCCAUUUGACCAGACUGUCUGCCUCUGAACACACGAGAUCCAGUGAACAGAGAAGUCAUCACACAGCCUUGGUACUCCAGACUUGGAUCAGAAGUGGACCUGUCAGGACACAGUUGUGUCUGAACAAUACACAGACAGUUGCCAACAGAAAUUUUAUGUUGUUAUUAUGAUGUGGUGUUUCUAUUAAUUUUUCAGUUGUCCUUUGUUUUAAGAUUUAGAAGGGUUUGAGGAACAACUUGAACAUCGAAGCCCUCAGUCACCGAUCAGCUGCCAGCUGACAUCACAGGAGCAGUGAACAUUCCAGGACUGAAUCGUGUUGGAGAAAUUCUGUAGAAGAUUUGGGAAGUGUACAGACUCCAUCUAACUAUAUAUAAAGUAAAUUGUAAUUGUGUGUUUAUCCUUUUAACAAAUUGCUUUCACGCUUAGACUACAUAUAUACCAGAACACGUGUGUUAAAAGUAGUUAGAUAAUAGUUUAAGAUAAAGUGUUUAGUCUGUGUAGUAAUUGUUAUGUUAGUAUAAAAUAUAAGUAUUUUCCUUUAAGAGGUAGUGUAAGCAUCUUUAAAGGUUCAUUUAACGUUAAAAGUUUUAACUGUGAGUUUGUAAGCAUGGUGUCAUUUACAUGGUAAACUGCUUAUAGUAAUUGUGCUGUUUAUAGUUAUAACACCUGAAGCAGUGAGCCCCAGUUUUGUGGUACAAGCUGAAAACCCAUGAUCUAAUAGUCAAGCCCUUGCAUUUACACCCAAAGCUUUAACUCCUCUGCUGACUUUCGUGUAUUAGCUGUUAUCAUCCCCAGGGUCCUAUACCACUCCAAAGAAGAAGUGGACCAGUACCUUGAGCGAGCAGGCCGCCUUCAGAAAAGAGAGCUGUUGACAGGACUGGCAAUAGCAAUGCUGCUCGGCUUGGGAGCAACUGGAGCAGCCACGGGUGUCUCCGCUCUGAUAACCCAGAGUCAGAGUCUCUCUCAGCUACAGAUGACUGUAGAUGAAGAUCUACAGAGAAUUGAGAAAUCCAUAUCCUUUUUAGAAAAGUCAGUCUCCUCCCUCUCUGAAGCUCUGAAGUUGUUUUGCAGAACAGGCGAGGUCUCGACCUUCUAUUCAUGCAGCAAGGAGGCCUCUGCAUCGCCCUGAGCAAAGAAUGCUGCUUCUACGCUGACCACACCGGAGUAGUGAGAGACACCAUGGCAGAGCUACGAGACAGGCUGUCUCAACGGAGAGCAGAGAGAGAAGCCCAGCAAAACUGGUUCCAGUCCUGGUUCAACCAAUCUCUGUGGCUAACCACCCUGGUGUCUACCCUGAUUGGACCAGUUGUGAUGAUUUUAUUCGUGCUAAUCUUUGGACCCUGUGUUUUAAAUAAGCUUGUAUCCUUUGUUAAAAGCUGACUAGAAAAAGUUAACAUUUUGUUUAUAGAAAGGCAACAGAUGCUUUAAAAAUAUACUUAGUCACCGCUUGUGCCUCAUAUUUACUAAUGAAAACUGUAGUAUCCAUUUUAUAAGCUUUUAGCCUUUUAGUUAAGUAUUUUAUAUUUUAUUCAAUUUUAUAUUAUCCAUUUUUAA